AUGUGCCCCUCAUAUGGGUUGUCGGUUGCCUACGACCCUGUCAUUUUCAUCGCUCGAAACCCGUAUCGUCAACGCAACUCGAAUUUGGAAAGAUCAGAGAGUGACCAGACAAUAUGGGCCAGUCUUGAAUACACAAAGUCAUGCUAUGAGCAGGCUUACGGGCGUAUCACGGGUGUCUGCGAAUUUCACAUCAUCUCGGGGCCAUCCUCACUUCACUUAUUCGAGGACAGCGAUACUGCUCAGUUCUUUUCAGACCACACCUCUCAGCUUGAGAACACAAAUCGCAGAAUGAUGGUUGUUCUAAAUGGCUGGAACAGCUUGACUUCUGACAUAGGUACAUUCAACAUGUUUUUCAGAGAGCAUGCGCCUCAGAUUACCCUGCGAAUCUUUGCCGAUCAACCGCGCUCUUUCUACCAGGUCAACGUGGCACAAUUCUUCCAGCUGCUCGAUUGCAUAACGCAACUCAAUGAAAUGGGGGGAGGAGCUACAGAAGAGGAAAGCAGAGGGGAUGUUACUGAGCUCCUGCGUUGCAUUGAGGCCCGGCUGGAAUACUCUACUGGUCUUUUCUACCAUUAUUUUGUGGCAGGCGGAGGCGACAGUUUUAAUCAAAUUUGA